AUGCCCCCCACAUUGAGAAGUGUCUUCCUGCUCAUUAUUUCAGGAAAGCCCAAGGUGUACCAAGGCGUUAGAGUAAAGAUCACAGUUAAGGAGCUGCUGCAGCAGAGAAGAGCACGACAAGCAGCAACCAGUACCAUGGUAAGGAAAAAACCUUUGGCUCCCCUUUGCCUCUUGCCCUUAAUCCCUGUUGUCAGCUCACCUUUUGAGGCAGAAUCCAUCUCCUCUGCUCCCAGCUACUGCCCAUCACGGCAGUUUUCAGACUGCCUCUCCUGCGAAGAAAGCCCUAGCUAUUUGGAGCAGCUGGUAGAUUCCUACCUCCAGGCAGAGGCACCCUUAGACCCAGCCCUCAGUGCUCUCCAGACGCCCUCACACUACAUCUCCGACUCCUUCCAGCCAGUGCCGCACUGCUUUAACCAGAGCCUGGCUCCUGGAUCCCCUAGCUCAGCUGAUAUGUCGAGCCCAUUAAACUAUAGCUGCUCCCCACCUCAGCUACCUCCUUUCACCCCGCUGCCCCACAGCCCUCCCUCUGCACUGGACACCAAGACCUACGGCUACCCUGCCGAAGAGUGGCCCUGCCAUACCCCCUCCCUGUACACGGCCUCCGCCUGCUGCUGCGCGUCCUGCGGCUCCGAGCACGGGGACACGCGGGUCCCGGAGUACUUCCCCUGCCCUGGCACAGACUGCAUGGACUACCUGCCACCUGUGGCCGUGGCCGAUGACUUCUUUCGAAGGGCUGGUAACUGGGACAUCUGCUACAGCUAA